AUGGCGAUGGCGCUGUUGAAGGUGUAUGCGGACCGGCUGUCGCAGCCGUCGCGCGCCAUCAUCAUCUUGUGCAAGGUCAACCGGAUCGACUUCCAGGAGCUCACCGUGGAUCUCGCCAAGGGACAACACCGCGCACCAGAGUUCACCAAAAUCAACCCCAUGGCACAGGUCCCAACAAUCGUCGAUGGAAGAUUCAAACUAUUUGAAAGCCAUGCCAUUCUGAGGUAUCUUGCCACCGUCUUCCCCGGGGUUCCAGAUCACUGGUACCCUGCUGACUUAUUUACCAGAGCAAAACUCGAGUCUGUCUUGGAUUGGCAUCACUCUAAUCUGCGCCGUGGUGCAGCAACCUAUGUACUGCACACCGCGUUGGGUCCUGCUCUCGGUCUCACACCGAAUCCUGAAACCGCAAAAGAGGCCGAGAAGUUGCUGUCGCGAUCACUGGGAACGAUCGAAACCGUGUGGCUCAAAGGCGAUGCCAAAUUCUUGAAUGGCAACCCCCAGCCAUCAAUCGCAGACCUCAGCCUCGUGUGCGAGAUAAUGCAGCUGGAGGUUGUUGGUGACGAGAGGCGUGACAGAAUUCUGGGACCUCACGACAAGGUGCGCGCUUGGAUGGAGAAUGUGAAGAAGGCCACCAGCCCUCAUUUUGAUGAGGUCCAUGAGCUCAUCUUCAAACUCAAGGCGCGCUUGAACCCACAUCCAUGUACUGUACGAUGA